CAAAAUUCCCAUUCCCGUCAUCCCGUGUUCUUCUUCUUGCUCUGCCACAACUUUCUCAGAACAUUCUCGUAAUCUCUCUCUCUCCUCCCUCCUUAAUUUCACCGCCGUUUUUUCAAUUCAAAACCCUAAUUUUUCCCCCAAUUCUGUUAUUCUACUUCCACAACUCAGAUUCUUAAUUUCUUCAAUUCAUUUGACGAAGUAGAGGGUUGAAGAUUGAAAUUUCGGUGCAAGCAAAAUGGAAGUCAAUGGAAAGUCUGACUUAAAGGUACCUUUAUUGGAACCUCAGGACAGCGUGACAGUUAACAUUCCUCCGGGCAGUGCAGAUGCCGACAAGAAGAUUACAACAUUGAAAUUUACGAUCAAAGGCAUUGUGUGUGCAUCGUGUGCAAACUCAGUGGAGACAGUGCUAGGGAAGCUUGAUGGAAUCGAGACUGUUGCUGUUUCACCUAUGGAUGGGCAAACGGUUGUCAAAUACAUGCCAGAUAUAAUUGAUUCUAAAACAGUAAGAGAAACUAUAGAAAAUGCAGGCUUUCAAGUUGAGGGGUACACAGAGCAAGAAAUAACUGUCUGUCGACUGAAAAUUAAAGGAAUGGCAUGCACCAGCUGCUCGGAGGCUGUUGAACGUGCACUUUCAGUGGCUGAUGGCGUGAAAAAGGCUGUGGUUGGCCUUGCUCUUGAGGAAGCCAAGGUCCACUUUGACCCAAAUGUCACUAAUCCCAAACAGAUCAUAGAAGCAGUGGAAGAUGCUGGCUUUGAAGCUGAUCUUAUUAGCCCUGGGAAUGAUGUGAACAAAGUGCACUUAAAGCUUGUUGGGGUUCAUUCCCUUGAAGAUGCUAAGACUGUAAGAACUGCUCUUGAGUUAGCAAUUGGUGUCAACCAUGUUGACAUGGAUGUGGAAGAAGAUAGAGUUACUAUAAGCUAUGAUUCUGAUGUAACUGGUCCCAGAUCUUUGAUAAAAUGCAUCAAAGAGGCUUCUAUUGGCCUAACUUCUUAUGAUGCAAGCUUGUAUGUGCCUCCAAGACAGAGAGAUUUGGAUCAUUGGAACGAGAUCCAAAUGUAUAGAAACCAGUUUUUAUGGAGUUGCCUUUUUUCUAUCCCUGUGUUUGUUUUAUCCAUGGUACUCCCCAUGCUUCCGCCUUAUGGAGUUUGGUUAAAUUACAAGAUUUACAACAUGCUUACUAUUGGAGUGCUGCUGAGAUGUAUCCUUUGUGCACCUGUGCAGUUCAUCAUCGGCAGGAGGUUUUACGUUGGCGCAUAUCAUGCGUUGAGGCGUAAAUCUGCUAAUAUGGAUGUUCUGGUGGCUGUGGGAACCAAUGCUGCUUACUUCUAUUCUCUCUACGUAUUGAUUAAAGCCUUAACUUCCAAUGUCUUUGAAGGGCAAGAUUUCUUUGAGACCAGUGCAAUGUUAAUAUCAUUUAUACUCCUGGGCAAGUAUUUGGAGAUCGUGGCAAAAGGGAAAACAUCAGAUGCUUUAGCAAAGUUGUCAGAGCUUGCUCCAGAUACGGCAUGCUUGGUUUCACUUGAUAGCAAUGGAAAUGUCACCUCAGAAACAGAAAUAAGCACCCAACUCAUACAGCGAAAUGACUUGUUUAAGAUUGUUCCAGGGACAAAGGUUCCUGUUGACGGGAUUGUUAUUGAUGGUCAAAGCUAUGUAAAUGAGAGUAUGAUCACUGGAGAAGCACACCCAGUUGCCAAAAGGGCUGGUGAUAAGGUUAUUGGUGGAACUGUAAAUGAGAAUGGAUGCAUCAUAGUAAAGGCCACACAUGUUGGAUCAGAGACUGCCCUUUCUCAGAUUGUUCAACUUGUAGAGGCUGCUCAGUUGGCCAGAGCCCCGGUUCAGAAGUUGGCAGACCAGAUAUCAAGAUUUUUUGUUCCAACUGUUGUUGCUGCAGCAUUUAUAACAUGGGUAGCGUGGUUCAUUACUGGAGUAGCUGGUCUUUAUCCAAAACAUUGGAUCCCGAAAGCCAUGGACAAAUUUGAACUUGCUCUGCAGUUUGGAAUAUCUGUGGUUGUGGUUGCUUGUCCAUGUGCUCUGGGACUUGCAACUCCUACUGCGGUCAUGGUUGCCACUGGUAAGGGUGCUUCACUAGGCGUACUGAUCAAGGGGGGGACAGCACUUCAGAAGGCGCACAAGGUUAAAGCGGUGGUCUUUGACAAGACCGGAACAUUGACUGUAGGAAAGCCCAUUGUUGUCAGCGCUGUUCUCUUUUCAGGGGUUACAAUGGAUGAAUUUUGCGAUAUGGCGAUUGCUGCAGAGGCAAACAGUGAGCACCCUCUUGCAAAAGCUGUGGCCGAACAUGCUAAGACUCUCCGCAAGAAACAUGAAUCAUUGGUGGACCAUGUCGAAGAUGCAAAGGAUUUUGAGGUGCACCCUGGAGCUGGAGUGAGUGGAAAAGUUGGUGAGAAGAUCGUUUUGGUGGGAAACAAGAGGCUCCUGCAGGAUCAUAAUGUGCCAAUGAAUCAUGAGGUUGAGGACUACAUCUCAGGGACAGAAAAAUUGGCUCGAACUUGCGUGCUAGUUGCCAUUGAUGGCAAGGUUGCAGGGGCUUUUGCUGUGACGGAUCCAGUGAAGCCAGAGGCAGGGCGUGUCGUUAGAUUUCUCCAGUCCAUGGGAAUCUCAAGCAUCAUGGUAACUGGUGAUAAUUGGGGUACUGCAACAGCGAUAGCAAGAGAAGUUGGCAUCGAUCAAGUUUUCGCAGAAACAGAUCCAAUCGGAAAAGCUGCAAAGAUAAAGGAAAUUCAGAUGAAAGGUGUGACAGUGGCAAUGGUGGGAGACGGAAUAAAUGAUUCCCCUGCCCUAGUUGCAGCUGAUGUCGGAAUGGCAAUAGGUGCUGGCACUAAUGUUGCUAUUGAGGCAGCUGAUAUAGUUUUGAUUAAGAGCAACCUAGAAGAUGUGGUGACAGCGAUCGAUCUCUCCCGGAAAACUAUGUCCAAAAUACGUCUUAACUAUGUGUGGGCCCUCGGCUACAAUGUCCUCGCAAUGCCCAUUGCUGCAGGAGUUUUGUUUCCCUUCACUGGGAUUCGGCUUCCACCUUGGGUUGCAGGGGCUUGCAUGGCUGCCUCAUCCCUUAGUGUUGUUUGUUCUUCUCUUCUAUUGCAGUCUUAUAAGAAGCCAUUGAAUGUUGAUAGAAUUUCAAGGCUGACCCCAUAGAUUUUAAAUUUUUUUCAAAAUCUUGACAAAAUUUUAAACUCAGGUAUGUAUUGCAAAGUGUAAAACAAUAUUAUGUGCAAUAUAUUACCAUUUUUGCCA